CACACUCUUCAUUCGCAGCUUCACAAAAUCGCCGCACAUAACACCAUCCUCAUAUUUACAUUGAAUUUCUGCACUCUUCGAUUUGUUCUCUGUAUCUCAUCACCAAAACAAUGGUUGAAGCCGUAACAAUUGAAGAAAGGCCAAAGUCCAGAGAUAUUAGACGUUAUUUCUGCCAGUACUGCGGUAUCUGCAGAUCCAAGAAAACCCUAAUUACCUCUCACAUCAAUUCGCAACACAAGGAAGAGGAUGAGAAGGCUAGAAAAGAAACAGAUCCUGAAACGGAGUCUUCAAAAUCCAACACCUGCGAGGAAUGUGGUGUCACUUUCAAGAAACACGCAUAUUUGUUGCAGCACAUGCAAAGUCACUCGCCUGAGAGGCCGUUUGUGUGUACUGUUGAUGAUUGUCAUGCGAGUUACCGAAGGAAGGACCACCUGACUAGGCACCUUCUACUACAUGAGGGGAAGACAUUCAAGUGCCCUGUUGAGAACUGCAACAUUGAGUUCUCUUUGCAAGGCAAUAUGAAAAGACACGUUGAGGAGAUUCACGAUGGCGGUUCCACUGCCGCCGCUGACAGAAGUCACAAACAACAUGUGUGUCCAGAGAUUGGGUGUGGAAAGGUUUUCAGAUUUGCUUCAAAGCUAAAAAAGCAUGAAGAUUCUCAUGUUAAGCUGGAAUCAAUAGAGGUGGUGUGCUUAGAACCAGGUUGCAUGAAGCAUUUUGCUAAUGACCAGGGCCUUAGAGCUCAUGUAAAUACAUCCCAUCAAUAUAUGACCUGUGACAUUUGUGGGUCUAAGCAACUGAAGAAGAAUAUUAAGCGUCACCUUCGUUCACAUGAAGCUGACAGCAGUUCCUCGAAGACCUUUCAAUGCGAGUUUAAGGGUUGUAGCUGCACAUUCUCUAAAAAAUCUAAUCUUGAUAAGCAUAAGAAGGCUGUGCACCUUGAAGAAAAACCUUUUCGGUGCGGGUUUCCUGAUUGUGGCAUGAGAUUUGCUUACAAACAUGUGCGGGAUAAUCACGAAAAAACUGCUAAACAUGUUUUUACCCUCGGUGAUUUUGAAGAAGCUGAUGCAGAGUUCAGGUCAAGGCCGAGGGGAGGGAGGAAGAGAGAAUGUCCUACUAUUGAAAUGUUAAUCAGGAAGAGGGUUACCCCACCCAGUAGAUUGGAGGAUUGGUUAUUUAUGCAGGACAGAGAGUAGAGUGCAUUGAGAAUUGUAUUCCCAAUACAAGUAUGCAAAUAUGUUGGUAGUAUUAUAUAUAUUUAGGAUUAGUAUUAGUCUUAGGAGAUAUAGAACAUGUAGGGCAUCAAAGAUUAAACCGUGUAAGAAAUUGAAGGGAGGGAGAACCAUCUUUGAUUGUUCUAUGUAACAUAUAAAGUUCGUCAAUUUUAAAUUU